UUCCAAUGCUAUCCCAAGCGCCUGGGCCCAGAGUGGCUGACUCCCUACCCAGGAUGCUCCCUCCAGUUGAGAAUGUUCUCAACCAAUAGCUGUUGUCAUCACUUUCCAAGACAUUCAGCUCUUGGGAUCAAAUUCUGGCUCCCCUAGGAAGCAUGUGGCAAGGUUUCGGGAGCCAUCGGGUCGGCCAUGUUAUGCUGGAAUAUUUAUAAGCACCUGAGGGUUAUCAUCCCCAUGUGGUAGAAAAUGAAACUGAAGCUCAAGAGAGCUUUGCACUCCCUACCCUUUUUUACACCUCAUUUUUCUCCAGCAUGUGGAAUUGAGGGAGCUUCAUGCAUCUAGCUGUCAUGAUUCCAAGAUUCUAUGACAUGUGGGAGAGAAUCCUAAGGUUCGGGGAGCCGCAGAGGUUUCGGGGGUUCUAGAAAUACGAGAUCCUAAGCCUAGGUGCUCCAAUAAACCCAGUGAGAGCAAGCCCAGGUUUCUGGUCUGUACCCGCUGGUGCAAGCCCAGAGACAAGCAGGCGCCACCAAUGAGCCCCUCUGCGGGUCUCCUCCCAGGUCCCACCUCACAGGCCAGCUGGAGGGCGCGAUCCUGGCAUCCCCCGACGGCCUGGGGCCCCAAUCCAGAGGCCUGGGUGGGCAGGGACCAAGGGCGUAGUCAGGGAGUGCCUUUUGCUGGAGGGCAACGGACCGGGGCGGGGAGUCGGGAGACCAGAGUGGGAGGAAGGCGGGGAGUCCAGGUUCCGCCCCCGGAGCUGACUUCCUCCUGGUCGGCUGCAGCAGCCGGGUGAGCGGCGGCAGCGGCCGGGGAUCCUGAAGCCAUGGGGCGCGCGCGCGAUGCCAUCCUGGAAGCGCUGGAGAACCUGACAGCCGAGGAGCUCAAGAAGUUCAAGCUGAAGCUGCUGUCGGUGCCGCUGCGCGAGGGCUACGGGCGCAUCCCAAGGGGCGCGCUGCUGUCCAUGGACGCCUUGGACCUCACCGACAAGCUGGUCAGCUUCUACCUGGAGGCCUACGGCGCCGAGCUCACCGCUAACGUGCUGCGCGACAUGGGUCUGCAGGAGACGGCCGGACAGCUGCAGGCGGCCACGCACCAGGGCUCUGGAGCUACACCAGCUGGGAUCCAGGCCCCUCCUCAGUCAGCAGCCAAGCCAGGCCUGCACUUUGUAGACCUGCACCGGGCUGCGCUUAUCGCGAGGGUCACAGACGUUGAGGGGCUGCUGGAUGCCUUGUACGGGACGGUCCUGAAGGAUCAGCAGUACCAGGAAGUGCAGGCCGAGUCCACCAACCCAAGCAAGAUGCGGAAGCUCUUCAGCUUCAUGCCAGCCUGGAACUGGACCUGCAAGGACUUGUUCCUCCAGGCCCUAAGGGAGACCCAGUCCUACCUGGUGGAGGACCUGGAGCGGAGCUGAGGCUCUUUCCCAGCAACAUUCCAGUCAGCCCCUGGCAAUCCCAACAAACUCAUCCUGCAUCUGAUGUUUUUGUACACAAUACAUGAAAAGCCAGCUUGAA